UUUGACUUAGACAGCAAAGUGUCUGGUUAACUGUUUGACUUAGACAGCAAAGUGUCUGGUUAACUGUUUGACUUAGACAGCAAAGUGUCUGGUUAACUGUUUGACUUAGACAGCAAAGUGUCUGGUUAACUGUUUGACUUAGACAGCAAAGUGUCUGGUUAACUGUUUGACUUAGACAGCAAAGUGUCUGGUUAACUGUUUGACUUAGACAGCAAAGUGUCUGGUUAACUGUUUGACUUAGACAGCAAAGUGUCUGGUUAACUGUUUGACUUAGACAGCAAAGUGUCUGGUUAACUGUUUGACUUAGACAGCAAAGUGUCUGGUUAACUGUUUGACUUAGACAGCAAAGUGUCUGGUUAACUGUUUGACUUAGACAGCAAAGUGUCUGGUUAACUGUUUGACUUAGACAGCAAAGUGUCUGGUUAACUGUUUGACUUAGACAGCAAAGUGUCUGGUUAACUGUUUGACUUAGACAGCAAAGUGUCUGGUUAACUGUUUGACUUAGACAGCAAAGUGUCUGGUUAACUGUUUGACUUAGACAGCAAAGUGUCUGGUUAACUGUUUGACUUAGACAGCAAAGUGUCUGGUUAACUGUUUGACUUAGACAGCAAAGUGUCUGGUUAACUGUUUGACUUAGACAGCAAAGUGUCUGGUUAACUGUUUGACUUAGACAGCAAAGUGUCUGGUUAA